AUGGUGUGUCCCGUGGUCCUGCGAGGCAGCUUCAGGGAGCUGCUCCUGAGGAUGCGGGGGCUGCUGGCUGCCCUCCCUGCCUUGCCUCUGGAGCUUACCAUCCUCUACAACUCCCUGCUUUUUACUAUGGGAGCAUCUGACUGCAUCGAAGGAGAAGCAGAAGGAAUAUGCCAGAGGCUCCUCAGGGUUCUGGAGGCUUGUGGGGCCUGCAGACAGGAUCUUAGUACUGAGGAGCUGUGGCAGAAGGUGCUGCAGGAGGUAACUGUGGAGGAGCUGCAGGCACCUUUGCACUGACUGGAGGCCCUGCAAGGAGCGUGGUGGCUGGCAGCCAGCCACCUGGGAAGCAUCGCUGGUCUCUUCAGGCUCCUGAGCAACACUGAAGACCCGGGGAGAGCUUGCUGCAGCAGCAGGGAGAAUGAACUCCUCUCCCUGCUCAAGGCAUGGCAAGUGCUUGCCAAGGGGGCCUCCGUGCCCCUUGUACAGAGCACCAAGGACUUGAAGGAGAUCCUGUGCACUGCAGCAGCCUUCCUGCAAGGGCUGCAGGAGCUGGAGGCUGGGCAUCUCCCCACUGCCCUCUCCCUCCUCCAGGAGGCCGUGGGAGGAUUCUGUUCCAAGAGGAUCCUGGCCCAGAUCUACACCUGCCUUGACUGCUGUGCUCAGCGAAUGGAAGAUCUGCAGGAUCAACCUCUAGAGAACUCUGAUCUAACCCUUUUCACCGAUGGAUCUUCAUAUUACGUGAAUGGAAAACGACACACGGGCUAUGCAGUGGUGAGAAACUUAGAGAGCCACCUGGACCAGGGAGUCACCCGCUGCUUGGCCAAGUGGACCAUCAGAGACCGUGACCCAGCUGCUGCCUCCUACCUGGUACAGGCCCUGUGGAAACUGAACUGAAAGCAGGAGGUGGCUGCUCACUGGCAGAAGUUCUCCCAGAGCCCCGCUGGAGAGGAUAGGCAGCAGGAAGGGCAGAGAAGGCCCUUCCCUUUGUAUCUGGUUUUGUGUCUGAAGCAGGCGACCUUCCCACACAGUAAAUCUCUUGCUAGAAGCAUACAGGAUUACCUCGGGACUACAAGCCGGGACCCCUUGAGCUAA